AUGGACAACGUCAAGCAGGCGCUUGCCGCCAUGUACUCGGCGGCCAGCCAGGAUGACAAGAAGAGGGCAACGUUGCUUCUUGAGGAAUUCCAAAAAUCCUCCGAGGCAUGGCAGGUUGCUCACGAUUUGUUACUUGAUCCCAACGAGCCUUUGGAAUACAAGAUGUUUGCGUCGCAGACACUCAAAUCGAAAGCGAUCUAUGACUUAGUUCAGCUACCUCAGGAACUGAUGCAUCAGCUCAAGGACUCUGUGUUGGAGCUUUUGGCUGCGUACUCCAGCGACGGGGACCGUCUUAUACGGACCCAGUUGUGUCUUACAUUGGCUCACAUCGCUUUACAAUACUUGCAAUGGGAUAACGCCAUGAGCGAAAUCUCAGCGUACUUGACAUCCAAACCGGAGCACAUCUCGUCAUUGCUCGAAUUCUUCAGAGUGUUGCCUGAAGAGUUGUGUGAAUCCAACAAGUCGGCUUUAACCGAUGAAGAGUUCAACACCAGGUCUGCAGACCUCAUCACGCAUAAUGUGGAAAAUGUGUUGUUGUUUCUCAAGAACGUUAUAGAACAAAAAUCUGCCCCUUCGACAGUCGUUUUGGAUUGUCUUAAUUCGUGGAUCAAAGAGUGUCCUGUGGAGAGCAUUUGUCAGGUGGAUCUCUUCGUCCAGUUGAUUUUCGAUUCCAUUACCCAUGAGGCUACUUUUGAGAAGGCUGUUGACUGCCUUGUUUCGAUUUUACGUGAGACAAGAGACAUAAGCAACUUCUCUCUAAUUGACGCCUUGUACGGCCAGAUCCUCAAGAUACACGAGUUCUACUCGGCUCAUCCCGACAGACUAGACGACUCCGAGGUUGUGGAGGGACUCACCAAGCUUUAUGUUGAGGCUGGCGAGCUGUGGCAUGUGCUCAUUGCUAAAAAUGCCACGCAUUUCAAGCCAUUAGUUCAAAUCUUGCUCAACUGCUGUAAAUACGACGAGGAUUUGGACGUGGUCAAGUAUACAUUCUAUUUCUGGUACGAGCUCAAGCAGAUGAUCACUCUCCCAAAGUUUGAAGCUGCUCGUAACGAUUUUCAAGAUAUAUACUUGAAAUUGGUUGAGGUGAUCAUCAAGCACUUGGCAUACCCCGUCGGGGAGAACGAAUCCGACUUGUUUGGCGGUGAUAAAGAGCAAGAGGAUAAAUUCAAAGACUUCAGAUACGAGAUGGGUGAAGUUUUGAAGGAUUGCUGUGCCGUUGUGGGUGCUCAGAAGGCAUUGAAUAUUCCUUUUCACCAACUUCAGACCCUCAUGUCUCAGCAAAAUACGCCCUGGCAACCUUUAGAAGCUUGCCUUUUCAGCAUGCGGGUCAUGGCCAAGGAAGUGUCUGUCAGGGAAAAGACAAUCUUACCUUCCAUUAUGCAAAUGCUUGUACAACUACCAGAACAUCCUAAAUUGCGGUACGCUGCCACUUUGGUGUUGGGCAGGUAUUCUGAGUGGACCCAAAAAAAUCCAGAGUUUCUCGAACCUCAACUUAACUAUAUCACCAGAGGUUUUCAAGGUGAUCUCGUCAACAAGUUGUCUCCAUCAGAUAAGGAGGACGUCUACAGUGCUACUUGCCAUGCGUUGAUGUAUUUCUGCCAAGACUGUUCUGAAGCUCUUGUGAAUUACUUGGAACAGUUAUACGUGCUUUAUCAGCAAGUGCAAAGCGAGUUGAAACCUAAGGCAUUAUAUGACAUGAUGAGUGGAUUGGCACAUGUCAUUAAGAAAAUACCUCCACAGGAGCAGGUAAAGACAUCUGAGAUGUUUUUAGGUCCCACACUAAACAAAAUUAAGCAUCUUGCUACUGAGGGUAGCCCUCAGGAUCAAAACGUUACGAAUGCAUUACAUGACGAAGCCGAGCUCGUAAGUAUAUAUCUCAAGGUAUUGAGAGCUCGUGACUUCGACGUGCCAGAAUACCCAAUUGCCAACUACUUUAUGAGUGCAAUCUGGCCCGUUGUGGAAACAGUAUUGGACAAGUUCAGCACGUCUCUUCAUGUGAGCGAGGGAUUUGUCAAGGUAAUUAAGAACGCGGUGCUGAGUUGCAACAUCUAUAUUUCAGCCAUUUUGCCGCAGAUAGCGCAAACUCUUCACAAGGCAUUUCGAGUAACAACUUUUGGGUGUUACUUGUAUGUAUCUGGUAUCAUGCUUCGAGAAUUCAGUGAUGAGUCGGUGAGUCCACAAAUGCAAGAUGCCGUGUACGAUCUCGGUCUUGAGCAGAGUUCAUCGUUUUUUGAGCUUCUUCAACUGCAUCCUAAUUCUAUCAGGGAAAUGCCGGAUGUCAUUGAGGAUUUCUUCAGCAUGUCGACCGAAUUACUCAUGUUCUACCCCAGCAGGACCAUCAGCAACGAAAACCUCAUGAAGUCAAUACUCCACGCAGGUAUUCUUACGCUUACUACUUGUGAAGAGUAUAACCCAUUGAUGGCCUGUGUGCAUUUCUUCAUCGACUACGUUUCGUGGGGCUCUCCAUACCCACCGAUUUCCUUUUUCGAUGAAGACCCCAAGCAAAUCCAGCAAAGUGUGAAAAACUUCUUGGCUCUGUCAAACCAUGGGGAGCAGCUCAUGAAGCUUGUUCUUCACGGGUUGAUCUUCAAGUUCUACAAUGACGUUGACGCCAAUGAUCUUGUGAUCAAGAUCUUGACGGUGUCGCCUAGCACUGAGCAAGCCAUCGGCUGGCUCCAAGAGGCAGCCAGCAGUUUGGCCAAUGUGAGCAGCAAAGAGAUCGAGAAAUUGAUUGGAUCAGUGAGUGUUGCACUUCCAAAUAAGGACAAUCGUCGGGUCCGUGUGGCGGUGAAGGAUUUCGUUAGCUGGUACUCUCGCAAGAAUGUGAAUCUGAGAAGCACGUUUUAG